AUGCGCACGGUGUCUUCAGCUACAUCCGGUAGCGACCUUUCUAACUCCUGUAAUGAGGGGAGCAUCCUGGAGCUCGAAGCCCUUGAAGAGCGCGUCGAGCUCGCGGAACCAGGGAGGCGCUUGCCUAUGCCAGCCCUCCGCGCCGGCGUCACGGUAGGAGGCGCCCGCCACAGCUCUGCGGCGCUUCUAAGCGGUGCUGCGGGCAUUCCUCUAGGUGAAGCCUUCGACAGCCACCGUCACUCCAGAGACCAGUGUCAAUUACCUGCUGCUCACCAGAAGCGACUGCUUCCUGUGCCGCCUUUCCAGCGCAUCGAACGCGGCGAUGACUUCAUGGGCACGGGCCGAGAUGUCGGCUUCAACGACAGCUUCGACGGCUUUCCAUUGUACGUGGACGAAGACGGUGUCAUGAAGCUGUCUGGACACCGCCGGCGCGAUCCAUUUGCCUUUGGCUACGAUGGUGUCGAGGAGGGCGACUUGGCCACAGACGGCGCUCGCGGGGGCGAUGAUGAUCGCAGAAACUCCUACCAUGGCGGCGCUGGUGCCGCGCUCGGCUCGUCUUCCGGCACGUCUGAUGGCGCGUUUGUGUCUGGCAGCUCCUCGUACUCUUCCUCCUUUUACGAGGAGCACUGCGAACUUUCCUAUCAACAGCGGGGUGGAGCCUCUGUCCAUGGGCACCGGUACAGCGCCGAUACGAAUGCGGCUGCCAGAUACGGAUACACACCCCUUGGGAUGCCUUACGCCGGCGGCGUUGGCGUUGUUGCAACGUUCGAUGACGACGGCGCGCCGGUACCCAUCGAUGCGGCGCUGCCCAGCCACCACCACAUCGCAUCACGGCGUCGCCGCCUCGUUGGGGCUGCCUCUAGUGCGCAAGCAAGGCUGAAUAAUGCAACGCAGCGUCGCUCCAGCCGCAAGAAAGGCCGGCGCAGUCGAGGGGGUGGCACUCGCGGCGGGCGACUUGAAAGGAGGAGGACCAAAGCAGCAGCCACCUCGCACGCACCCGCUGGCCGCCACAGAAGCCGCAGAGGAGCGCACAGCUCAAGUCGCGUACCAGCCCGUCUGUCAGGCAGCAGCCCCGUUCUGGUCGGCACGAAUCCGUUGCCGAACACCAGCGGCGUGAAUGUUGCGGCGACCGCCAGUGCCACUGCGACCGCCGGCAUCCAUGGCGGCCUUAGCGCCUUUCUCUCCGCCGGUACUUCGAUCAGCGUCGGGCCCUCCGAGGCGAAGAAGGUGGUGCGAAUGCGCGAAUACCUGCUAGCGCGUCAGGCGGCGGCGAAGAAGCGAUAUUCGGCGGUUCGCCGCGACUCUGUCGGGACUGCAAGCACUGGUGCGACGGUCGGCAGCGACAGAGGCGCAUGGAAGACGGCGGCGGCAGACACCUUGCGCGUGGUAGCCUCCUCUCGCACAGGUGACGGCGCUGGCAGGACCGCAACUAAUACCGAUGCACUCGCCUCACAGCCCACUCGCGGCGCGGAGCCAUUCAGUCCACUGUCGAUGUCUCUGAGGGACUUGAAUCGGAGCACCGGGCUGAACACGGGGAAGGCGGGGGCAGGGCCAGCCUUCGCGUUGGCAACGCAACGCUCCGCCCGCUUGCGCUCCAAGGACGCCUCCACACAACUGCAGGCGGUGACGAUGACGGGGGAGUCCGUGUAUGUGCGGGCAGACCCAGCCUCUGCCGCCGCCGCAAGAGCGCUGGGGAGCGAUCGCAAGGGUAUUUCUGGCGGCGACGGUGCACCUGGCGCGAUGCACGGCACAGCACUUGCUGCGGGGACGGCGACACAUUUCGAACAGCGUAUGAUGACGUUGCGUGACCCCUACACGGGCCUCGCCAACGCCCCAGCUUACACGCCACUGAUAACUGUGGCGGAGACGGCGGUGGCAGUGCACACGUGCGCCGCUGGGAUCCAGUUCUUUCGAGAUCCAACGGCGCCUCGGCCAUCCGCAGUAGCGUUUCUGCCGCCGACUUCCUCGGCCUUGCUCGAUACGCCUUCUCAGCUUUUGCCCACCGCCUACCUGCUGGAUGUUGGUAAUCCGCCGUUGGCACCUACGCCUUCAGGACCCGUAGCUGUGUCUGAGGAAGCCUCGCUGCGUGCAUCCUUCAGGGCGCCGUACACAUCGACCACUCCGCACACGGCCAGCUCUGCAUCUGCGGCGUAUCGUCUGCCUACAUCCCUCUAUCCAUUCGCCCCAUCUCUCACGUCCACGGCGACGCCACCUCAGGCCUGGCAGCCCCCCAGCCGUGGCCCCCCGGGGAAAGAUUUGUCCAAGCUGCGCAGUCCGGGCUCUCUGGUGAUGGACAGAAAUUCCUUAGCCACGCCGCUGUCGCCACAAACGCUGCAUAGUCGCGACGGCGUGGCGCUAAUGGACAAGGCGGCGACGGAGGCAAGUGACUCGGCUCAGGUAAGGCGGUGCCUGCCCACCAAGGCGGGUGCCUUUGGCGGCGUGCGGCCUCGUCUCACCGCUCGUGACGAAAGCGCUAACGCAGGUGCGCUGCCCACCGUGGCGAGCAGUGGAAACGGUGGCACCGCGUUGCUGGAUGUGAACGGCCUCCGCGACUCAGACCAGUACACGGCGACGUCACUCAGUUUCGGUGACUCCUCGCCCUCAUGGCGGAAAUUGCAAAGCGGCGGGGCCGCUGCUGCUGCUGCCGGCGACUACAGCAGUGCGGCAGCGCCUGCAGCUGCGGCAGAUAUUUUGGGCAGCGGUGACCUUUUUCCGUGGGGUUGGCGCUGCAGUGCAUCUGCAUUCGAUGUGAGCGGCAGAGAGGGCCAAGACGGAGUUCCGAUCGCCCCUGCAUGGAAGGAUGAGGCGGUGCGCGGACGGUACGGCGUAUGGCCCGCCUUCGUCCACCUGCGCGGAGCUGCCGACGAGUACGACGUUAGCCUUCCCGCCGCCGGCACGUCGAGCAGCGCCUCCACGGCCAUGCCGCCUUUCUUCGCGUGGCCGCACCCUGCACCGCAGCUGCCCGCGUACCUGCCCUCUGUCGCUCCUUACGCGGCAGCCCGCCAUCCCCAACAAAACAUACGCUAUCAUGCCUGGACAGCUGAGGGCGUGUCGGCGACGUCGAACACCUCGUGCGUGGUGCACGUCUUCACUGUCUCGCGGGAGAUGCUGCGGAGCGUGUACGAGUACGUUGCGUACAUGUGUGUAGCGAAGCGGUAUGCAGAGCUGCAGCGUCGGCGCAGAAAACGCGAAGAGCACCUUUGCAAAGAACUGGCCGCCGGUAGGCUGACGCGCGACGCCCAGCGGUACCUGCGCUGCCCCCAUUGUGGUGUAAUCGGGAAGGUAGUAAGAAGCUCUGCCGCGCGAGGUGACAAUGAGGCUAUGCCGUCAAACCCUCUGCUAUCCUCAACGCCGACCCAAUCGCAGCAUCGGCGUCACGGCAGGAAGCACCACCACCGCCACCACCAUAAUCCCUAUCAUUCCAGAGCGUCGCACGAUCGCCCGACGGUCUCGGCCACCACCACACCACAGCCGCUGCUCUUUCCGCAAAGCAGUGCGCCAGGAGCGAGUGCUCCCUUAGACUUGCCGCUACCACAGCAGCAGCGGCAGCGCACGGAGAUGUUUGGAUGGUCGGCGGCGAAAUCGCCAUCGCCGCGGGCGAUCUCUCUGCCCCCGCAGCCGCCACGGCGCUCGGCUUUUGGGAUGGGUAAUGCGACCCAAGCCGGUAGCUGCGUCGCCAUUGAAAACAUCAACGUCAAGGUUGACGAGUGCGCGAGCGCGCAUCAUGCCGUGGUUGUCGACGAGACAAGCGAUACCUUAGCAAUGCCCCCGGCGUCUGCGGUGCCACAGUCGCCAGCCGCCGCACCAGCUUUGCGGGCGGCGUGUGCACCAUUGACGAGGGGUGGUAGUGGCACAUCCGUGUCGUCCUCAGCGCUUCUGCCGCUGUCUUCUCCGAGUCCGUCGCCACCACAGCCACUUUUGAGUUCUACUGUGGUCGCCACGGCAUCACCGGCGCCUGCAAAGCUGCACACCUCUCCGCGUGUCCCCAGCACGAAAGGGGCGGCGCUGGCCGGACCCACCAACAGCAGCGACACCCGCGUCGGGGCGCUCCUAGACACGCUCGUCGUGAGCGGCGAGCUCUCGCAGUCUACUCGCAUGAAUUCGCAAGCGUACGAGCCAAGCGCGCAGGCGGCCUUUGAUCGAUGCGUCGACGCUUCAGGUAGCGACUUGCGUGCACUACGGCAGCAGCCCCCGACCACCGUACCGGCACGCGGCGCAGACGAGGCGCGCCCUCUCGACGAAUCCGCCACCGCUCUGUCGCCUCGCAAAACUGCGGAGGAGCGCGGCCAUGCCACUAGUGAUGAUGCCGCCAUGCAACGGUCGUCUUCACGCGCGGCGCUCGCGAACAGCAACAGUAACAGCCACAACCACAGCCACAGCCUCCGCGUCGGCGGUAUCGACAGCGACGCCGAGGAUGGACGGCUGGGGCGGGCCGGCUCUGUGGCGCCACACGCGCCAGGAUCGACGGCCUCGCAGCUAUUCACCAUAUCGACAUCCACCUCACUGGACCGCUCCAUGGUGAUGGUGGCCGCAGGCACACGCGACACCACGGUUACGCGCGAUGCAGCUACAGCGCCGACAGCGCUGGUGGCAUUCGCGGAUUCGUCCGCGUCGAAGUGUGCGCCUUCCACUGCGGCGAGUGCGGUGACCACCACCAUGGCCACUGUCAUGACGACCCUCAACGCCGAAGUGAGGGUCAUGAGCAGCAACUCGAGGGGCAACCCGAAUACCAACAACAUGAGCGGCACCAACUCGCUCUUAUGCCCGAUGCCAGAGUCGACCCAGACGCCGGCGGUGCCGACACUGGUGCGCUCGCCGACGCUGCUGCAGGACCAGGCAGGCGACGAUCACGGGGAUAACCCUGCAGUAGGGCAGAGCUGGUGCGACACGGACGCUCACGAAACGGCGCGAGACCACGAUCUCAGCGGCGGCGCGUCUUACGUGUGCCUCGGCUGCCACCGUGACGUGAUACCAAAACAGUUGUUGCUGAGGUCCGUCAGCGGCCAUAGCUCGUCGCACCGCCAUUCCCAGCACGCCCAUCACUCAGCUGCAGGACACAGUCACCACACGAACAACAACACCGACAGCGGUGGCGUUGAUGCCAACGUGGGCGACGGUAGGACUGAGGAGACUUUGGGUGCUGACAUCGGGGUAAUGGCGUUCGAAGACCUCCUGCAAGAUGACGCGUUCACGUAUGCGUUGCACACCGCCUUGUGCGAGUUGCUCAUGAUGCCGUCAACGCGAGAGCCACCAUCGCCACCACCGCCGUUGCCAACGGCGGCGCACAAGAGAAGUCGGAAAGGGUUUCAAACCACGUCGGCGACGCGCGCGGACCUGAAAGGCUUCCUCCAUCCCGUUUUACCGAGUGCAUCCGUGCACCAACCCGGCGCACCUCUGCAGCACUCGUCGGAGGAUACAGCUAUAGCGGCGACCAACGCUGAAGGUGAGGUGCGCAGAGCCGUCGCGAUGGAUGUGAGCGCCCUUCCGCGUCUCUCGCCGGGUGUGUCGCAUCAGCAGAGCCCAGAGGCGAUGAGGGACGGCGGCGCGGUCUCUUUUGGGAGUAUCGGCAGCUACAUCGGUGACGACGAAGACGAGCUCGCGGAGCAGCAACGCACACCACCCACAUCCCCGCUUUCUAUCUCAGCUGCACCGUCGUCUUCAUCCACGUCGUCCAUGUUAACGUCCUUGGAAAGCUCGUCAGGGGCAGCGGACAGGGAGGGCGGCGGCUGCUCGGCCGCUCCUUUGCCCAUUCGCCUUUCGCUUCCGUGUUGCGGGCUGACAGUAAGUGUGCUACCGUACGUGGAGCCGCAAGUGCCCCCUGCGGAGACACAGGAACGGGCCAGUGACAGCGGCAUCAAGCGUCGUGGAACAACAGAGAAACACCUCAUUCGCAUGAGCGCUGCAAUCCGGAAAACCAUCGGCAUCGCGCACCCACCACGGCAACGCUUUGGCACACCGGCGUCGCUUUCUCGGCCAGUGAUCCCGCGCAUGCGCGAGGACGCGUCGACACGGGGGCUGACGCCAUCCACGAUGCUCAUGAGCGAUGCUGCCGCCUCUCACCGCCGUCGCAAGCGCAGCUGCAGCGACCAACGGCAAAGGUCGCGCAUCCAUCUCGACACGCCCUCGCGUCAGCGGCGGCGCAGCAGCGCGAGCACUGCGGCGUCGAAGCUCACUUUUAUGGAAAGCCCACGCAAUGGUUCAAUGAUGCACAACGCGGCGGCGUCGAGGGCGCUCAUAAUGAAGGGCACGUUCAGCAGUGAGAAGCACCGCAUCCAAGUAAACCCGCGCACCCCGCUGGACGCUGUGAGCAAAAACCGUAUCAUGAGGCGCAUCUUCCGCCAAGACCGGCUUGGCAGCAGGAGCGACACCACUCCCGCCGCAGUCGCCCGUUCAUCCGAGACUGAAAAGCGAUAUGGCAAGGGCUUAGAUCCUGCUGCUGCUGUGGCGGCGAACAGACGAGAUGGUGCUGGGUCUGCAGCAGGCGUGUCAGUCAGAUCGUGGGGUUCUGAUAUGCGCAGGCAGCGCUGCCCCCCACACCAUCGCUGUUCCUACACACAAGAGCUGGCCCAGCAGCAUGCUCAGCUGCUCUUGCCUCCCGGCCGUGCCCCCAAGCCACUCGGGCUCGAUCUAGGCGUGUAUCAAGACUCCAGCCUUGUACUCGAGAUUGAUCUCGCAUACCCGCGGCUGCCUCGGGGCAACGUGCGGGAGCUUCUUGCGGAGUGGAAGGACAUCUGCCAACCCCACCCUGUUUUAGUGGAAGCCGUUAUCCGCAACAUCGUGUACGCUGUGCUGGUGCAGCUGUCUACUCUGCACGCUGCCGGCCGUACGCAUGGGAGUGUUAAGUCGACCAAUGUUUUUCCGCUAUGGCAUGCCAUGGAAGGCACGCGAGCGUCGGGGCUCAUGAUGCCGCCGCGGCCACGCCAGCGCUCCACGUCGCCAUUCCCGCUCGCGGUGGCGCACGAGAAAUGUCAGGCAGAGCCGAUGCAGGAGCGCGGGGGUAAGGCGGAGGCAGCGAUAAGGAACGGAGAGGACGGUGAGUGUCGGCGAAGCACCUCCAAUGCUGAAGGAGAGGGCGCAUGUGAGUCGGGUCGCGCAUCGGUUGCUGCGCCGCCGGCGACAGAUCAAGCCGCACCUAAGCCACAGCGGUGUACCUCCGAAACGUCCAUCUCACCCACGAUUCUUCGCUCCCUCUCCAAUCGACGACGACAUCUGGCGCCACACACGGCGGCAGUGCAUCUCAGACUCUAUCAAAAGACGCGCUUUCGGAACCGCGCGGCGCAGAGCAGAGUCAAACCUGCUCGUGGAUUUGGUGCGGCUCGUGGCGCACCGAGGGCGGCAAAGAGCUCUGCAGCAGCAGCGCUGCCAGGAGCGUCUUCUGUUGCCACCGCAAACGCAUCCUCUACCGGGCUGGCAACCACCAUGGCUGUUUGCCGCCGCCGCAGUUUCAGCGUCAGUACCGGCGGCAGCGCUCGCACCGACAGCAAGCAGGCUGACACCAGCACUGUUCCACACAUGCCUGUGGGGCUAUCGCCCCACUCGUCCAUCCUGUCGUCCCCCUCCGCCGCCCUAUCCUCAGAGACCGUGCUACCUCCAACGCUGGGCUCAGCAUGCAGUCCGUGCGCGACGUUGCUGACCGCAGACGCAAUCCAGCCCUACCACCCGAACAGCUGCAGCAGGAGCACGACUGCGUUCUCGCCGGCCAUUGGCAUGGUCUCAAGCACCACACGUUUGCGCCGCUGCGGAGGUGCCGCGGCGCGGCUCAGACGCGGCAGCAUCGGGACCAACGUCGGCGGCAGAGACGACGUGUGUGACCCCAACGGCGAUGCCGAGGAUGAGGACGAUAGUGCGCUCGUGCCCCUCGUCGCUGAGGUGUUGACGCUGCCAUCUACUCUGCCGUGUGCCUCAGCGGCUGAACCCGGCACUGCUGAGCCGCAGACACAGCUGCAGAACGGCCUGUGGGGGACGCCGUCGAUGAACGUGAUGCCGUCUUGCACUUCUUUCGCAGCUGUACGGCGGCAUCGUGACUAUCGCUGCGGUCACCAUCGAAGGCGCCAAGGCCGCGGCUUGUGGCCAUCCGCAGUAGAGGAUCCGGAGGCGUGGCUUGCGUCUGCAGCGCCGCGGCGCUAUGUGCGCGGGGCGGAGCUGCGGCCUCCAGCGGCUGUGUGGUUUCCUCGAGUUGCCGUAGACAAAGCUGUUCUUGCAAGCAAUAAGCCGAGCGUCGGCGAAGGCGUACCACUGUCGGCGGGUGCUGCAGCGGUGCUGGAGCGCACAUCCGACGUCGCAGCACAGCCUGUGCUAACCCGAGGCCCAGUGGGGGCUGUGCCGCACCCGCGGCUCGACAGCGUUGGCGGAGACGAGACGGGUGCAUCCGCGCCCGCAACUGCUCGCCGGGUGAGGCGCCGGGGCAGUUCCGCGGGGCCUUCGACGUCCUCGGCGGCUGCGCUGCAUGGCGCCAACGACGGCGCUGGCCAGUACGCGCCGGACCCGCUGCAGUGGUCGCGCCAGGUACUGCUGGUAGAGAACGUUGGUGCAGUCGUUGCAGCCGCGUUGCGCACUGCUAUGACUUGCGUGCUCAUGCGGCAUCCACCGCGUCAACACCCAUCGUCGCUGUCGUCACCUCUCGCCCUUGUUACGUCGACGAAGACGCCUAUAUCGCACUCAGAAGAAGCGCGUCAUGCCGCAGACGCCCUUGCUGAUCUCGCCACCGCCGCUUCUGAGAGGCGGGGCCUUCGCCGAGCCGUCUGGUCCAAGUCGCCUGCUGCAGCGGUCUCACAGCGACGCACGAGAGUCGCAGCGUCUGCGCCGGCGCUGCGUGUGCAUGUUCCUGAUGUGGUCCGCAGUCCUCCUCCUCUGCCGCCCAAUCUUUUUGCCAUCCAAGAGUCAGAAUACGUGCCGGCACCCGAACUGAUUCGUGUCUCUGCCGAUGAAGCCCGCGCGCUACGGCGACCGUGGCCUCCGCACCCCGGCGGUGCAGCUGCGGCGGACAAGGUCGAGGGAGAAGGGGUUGCAGGGGAACACCCUGGCUUGUCUCAUAGCCCCGGGGCAGCAACUGUUGAUAUGGGGGAGGAGGACGCGGCGCAGUUGCGCGAGGCCUUGGCACGACUAGAGGCGGCCGCGUCACCAACGACGACGCUGCGCAACACCGUCGACCCGUACCCUGCCGUCAGCGCCGCGGCGGAUAUCUGGGAGCUGGGUAUGAUGACGCUUGAGCUUGCCGAUGGUCCGCCGCCGAUGACGUGGUUGAAACAGCGCGAGCCGGCGCCGGCCUUGAGCAACUAUCCAUGGUCUUCCUACUUCCACGCGUUUGUAUCACUGUGCCUGCAGCGCAGUCCAGAGCAGCGCGGCACAGCGGCAGAGCUGCUGCGGCACCCGUGGUUUAGCGUGGCCCUGGUGCCGCAAGCCUCCUUGCCGUCGCCGCCAACGGCCAUUCGUAGCAACGACGGCGGCUGGGGUCAAGCCACGACCGGCAGCGGUGCAGGCGGCGCGCCGGUCGAGUCAAGGAACUCGGCGGCAGGUUUUCAGGGCGGCAAGGCGGGUGGGCCCGCGCCGGUGAGCCCGUCAACACUGCCGCUAGUGCCGGUGUGUCCGCCAGGUGUCAUGGGCGUCGGCUGCUUGACCGCGGAGGAGAAGGCAGAGUGGGAGAACUACGACUACACACUGCUCUACGCGUCUGGUGCGCAGUUGACUCGCCCGCUCACGACGAGCGCCGCCGCGGCUACUGCAGCUUUGGCGACAGCUGCAGAGGACCACCGCCCCAGUGGCGACUCCAGCGUGCGACUAGGAUGUCCAUCGGCGCAUCAGACGCAGGGAGCCACAGCAUCUCUGUCCGCGGUUUCCGCGGGGGCGCGCAACAGCCGGGAAGCAAGCGCUGCAUACGCCUUAAGCGUCGGUGAAACACCAUCGUGGCUGGGGCAGAGUCUGCGUAGAACCGACGCGCCUUCACCGUCGCCCGCUGCUGCCGCUGCCGCCGCCGCCGCCGUCGCGAUGGUGUCGCAGCCUUCCGCUCUCACCGUUUCUGGCCCUGGUGGCGGCACCGCCGUUGGGCUACCAUCGGUUGCCGCUGCAUCCGCCAGCCCCGCCAAGGCCUCCGCAAACGACGAGCUGAUGACAUCAAUGUGCGCGGUCGACCUUGCACAGAACUUUGCAGAGCUCAUCGCGCAGAGAUGGGUAAAGCAACAGCAGCAGCUGGUCCCGUCGCUGGCCACCGCGGCAGGCGCGUACGAUGGGGCUGCGAAGGGAAGGCAGGCGAUGUCACCGUCUCAGCGCAACUUCUUCACUGCCGCCGCUGCGACAACGUCUUUAGACGGCGUCAGCUCUGUUCUCCUUCCUGUCAUCUCCCCUCGGUCCACCACUGCUGGUGCCGCUGCGGCGGCAGCGGCCUACAACGCAGCGUCGCCCCGAUCCGCGCCGUCGACAGCUGGCCAAGGCGCGGUGUUGCAGCCGCAGUCGGAGCUGUUGCGCCCGAAGAUCGGCCCUGAUGAGAUGAUGAGGCCAAUCUGGGGAGGGCACAGCACGGCGUUCAGCAACAACGUCCCGGUGAGCGGCCAAGUGGCGGUGGUUCCUGUCAUAUCCCCGCGCGGCGCUCGGUCGCCGUUGCCGCUGCCACCACCGGAGUUCGUCGGCAGAGGAGCGGUGCAACUGCUGCCGACCUACCUGCCUACACUUUAUGUCCCGCUGCUUGACCCGCGAGGUGACCCAAUGCUGACACUGGCGAAUGCCUUGGUGCCUCCGUGGACGGCAAGGAUGAUGGGCGAGUGGGGCGGCACGGCAGGCAUCCAGUCGCAACCGCAGCCGCAGCCGCAGCAGGCAUGGUCUUCCACAGCGCGCGGUGCCGCACCGCCGUGGCUUCAGCUAGGCGCGCGCGUUGCAGCAGGGAGCUCGAAGCCGCUCGUGUAUCCCACCCUUCCGGCGUUGUCGCGCGGGGGUGGCAGCGUCAGUGAAGGUGGAGGCGGUCGCUCGGCCCUGCACUGUGACCGCGGCGAUCCCGAUGGCAACGCUAGCACAUGCAGCGAUCGUAGCAGCAACUCACAGCAUCACGGUCGGCACGCGCGAAUGGCAUCUGAUAGCUCGAGCCAAAGCAGUAGCUCCAGCAGCACAGGGGGCGACAGCGACAGCGACAGUUACAGGACCGCCAGCGGCGGACCGCAGGUCGCGCGCGGUGGUACUCACGUCCACGCCAGUGAAGACGGACUUUAUGACGUUUACAUGCCCAAAGUGGGUGGUGAAGUGCCUGUCCUGACGCGAAAGCCGGCGCAGCACCUCAAUGAUACCCUCAACGCAACGUCGCUGCCUCUCACCGACGGCGCGGCUAGCCGAAGCGUCGCCUUCAAGGUCGGCACAUCGGAGCAGCGCGCUGGUGGUGGCCACAACAUGAUGUUCUACGACCCCGCAACGGACGGCAGUGCGGCUGCCGUGAAGGAAGGCAUCUCCUCUUGCGCGACUGCGCUGAAGCUUCGGGUGCCAAGCGGUGAUGGACACUGGCCUCGACAUGGGCGACACAGCGGUUCCGCUGGCAGAGGUGAUGAUAGUGAUUAUGGCGCAGGACCGCGAGUGUCUUCGUCUUCCUCCUCUCGUCCAGCGCAUCAUCUCAACGGCACCAUCGCCACCGCUCUGGCACGCUUGUCAAUGAUGGCGUACCUUCCUUCUGACACUGAUGGGGGCUGGAGUGAGACCAGCAGCAGCAGCGACAACGAAGACAGCACCAGAUACAGCGACGGGUCCGAUUCGGCUACUUUGUCUCCGAUGUGGGGGCGGCCGGUGUGUCGGUCGACUCCGCUCGGGUCGGACGAUAAGGCUGCUUGCAUGCAAGGCUUCAUCAUCAGCGGUGAUGGCACCAGCUGUGAGGAGCCGGACGAGGACGAUGAUGGGCCGUCGAUGAGCGCAGAGGUGCGGUGCGAUGAGCUGCUUCGCUGCUUAUCAGCGCUGCAGCGCAACUGCCCGGCGGCGGUAAGUCUGUGGUGCGUCCGUGUGCUGCAGCAGGCGAUGCGGCACCCCCGGACGGCCGCGAGCGCGGUGCGAAUCCUGGAGCGAAUCGAGAGUCUCCUGCCUGCGGGGCGGUCGAGGAACCUCGACUGGCUCAAGCCACCGAACGUCUCGCCGUCGCCGCCGCAGUCCUCGCCUGACCCUCUGGGCACAGGCGAUGCGCAACGCCGCGAGAGAGCAGCAGGCACAGCAGGCGACGGCAGCUCCUCUCUCUCUGCGAUGGGGGCUGCCGUCAGGGUGUCGUCUCACUCCUCUGCCGGUGCACUGCCUCCAGCCGAGCUGGACACGAGCCCGAGCAGCUUCCAGAAUUAUGAGAUGGCAAAGUGGAUACAUGCGUUGCAUCAGGUGCUUCCACGAUGCACGUAG